AUGUCGAGGCACACCCCUCCGACAGCCGCUUUGGGCAAGGGCCUUAGCGGAACAAAGGCUGCCGCGCCGCAGGAUAUCUCAGGGCUUUUCAACACACUACAAGGUCAUGUUGAUGACAUUCGCGGCCUUUUACAAUGCGGCAUUUGCAUCCGACCACUCUACGAGCCUUUCACCAUUGCCUGUGGACACACUUUUUGCUACGGCUGCCUGACCUCAUGGUUUGCUGAAGGCAAGAACAACAAAACUUGCCCUGAUUGUCGAGCCCCAGUAAAAUCGCAGCCAGCGCCUGCAUAUUUGAUCCGUGCAGUUGUCCAGUUGUUCACUAGCCGCGCAGAGCUUUUAGAUAAGGGAGAAACAACCGAUCAACACAUAGCACAUCAAACCGAAGAAGCCGAGAGGUUAGAAGCGGAUAAGAAAAAUAAAGAUCCGAAAGAAGGGGGUAUUUUUCGGGGCAUAUUCAAUCAGACGCGGCACCGACCUGCUCAACCCAUCUACGACAUUGAAGAUGGCGUUGUUCGCUGUCCACACUGUGCAUAUGAAUUGGAGGAGGAUGACUGCUUGAACUGCGGAUACCGUCAUGAAGACGAUUCGAUGUCCGAUACCAGAAGUGACUCGGAGGAGAACUCUGAAAUGACGGAUGAUCCUUAUGGAGAGGUAGAUGAUGAUAUAGAGGAUGGGUUUGGGGAAGCGCCAGGCUUCGAUGCAACUGAGUGGUAUGAUGAUGAAAUAACACCAGCGCAGUUCCCCGGCAUCCGGGCUUUUCAACCCAUAUUCCGCUUUCACCCUGGGUAUGGUCCUGAUGAAAUGCAUGGUCCUGGUGCAAUGCGUCGUGCAUUCUACGAACAUUACCACGGUCAUUCAGAUUUCGAUUCGUAUGAUUCGCCCCACGGCGGCGACGAUGAGGACGAGAUGGACGAAGAAGAAGACGAGGAUAUGGACUCCUUUAUCGAUGAUGGAGAGCAGCUUGACGACUAUGCUUCGGACUCGGAUCGAUCGACCGUGGUUGGAGGUCCCGAACAUGGUGGGACGGUUUUGCACACCAUACUUGACUCGUCGCCCGCGCCCGCCUCGAGGCAUAGCCCAACCCAUCCAUAUCCAUACGAGGUGCCAGAUGAAGACGCAAGCUCAACAAGCGAUGAGGACGACGAAGACGAGGACUCGCUGGACGAUGAGGACCCUGACGAUGAGGAGGAGGACGACGACGACAAUGAGGACGACGACGACGAUGAUGAUGAUGAUGACGAUGAUGAGGAGCCCAUUCGACCUGCCGUGACCGGGAACAGACGCAUACCGACGUAUAGCCUAUUAUCAAGCUCUUCUCCCCUUCGCGCUAAUGGUGCAACCGCUACCACUGCCUGUACUCGAACUCAGCCUCCAACAGUGGGCUCGUCCGCUACUGGUGCUAUCUCUCUAGAUGAUGACUCGGACGAAGGGCCAGUUGGACCUUCCGUGAGACGGGCAAGAGCUCGACCGGCUGUACUUUGA